AUGGCCACUGCUCUCCCCCAGACCAUGAAGGCUCUCCAGUAUGCGAAGCCAGAACACUUCUCUCUUGUCGAGCUUCCUCUGCCCGAGGUCCGCGAGAAUGACGUUCUGAUCAAGGUCAAGGCUUGUGGUGUUUGCGGCACAGACUUGCACAUUCACGAGGGUGAAUUCAUUGCUCAGUUCCCCCUGGUCCCUGGCCACGAGACAGUUGGUGUGGUCGCCGCCGUUGGCCCCAAGGUCAAGGGCUUCGAGGUCGGCGAGCGGGUCGUCGCAGACAACUCCGAGCUGUGCGGGACCUGCUUCUACUGCCGUCGUGGUGAUGAACUUUUCUGUGAGAACUUCCAUGCCCACGGUGUGACCAUGAAUGGCGGCUUUGCCGAGUACUGUGCGUACCCUGCUGGUAGAGUAUUCAAGAUCAAAAAUCUGUCCGACGUUGAUGCUACUCUGCUAGAGCCUGCUUCAUGCGCUGCUCAUGGCCUGGACAAGAUUGCCCCCAAGAUGGGCUCGUCAGUUCUGAUCUUCGGUGCCGGUCCCACAGGACUGGUGCUCGCCCAGAUGCUGCGUCAAUGCGGUGGUUGCCGUGUGGUCGUGGCGGCCCCGCAAGGCUUAAAGAUGGAGCUGGCGAAGAAGCUGGGUGCUGGCGACGAGUACGUGGAGCUGUCGCGCCAGGAUGCCUCUGCACAGUACCAGAAGCUGAAGGAUGAGAACCCUUAUGGCUUUGACAUCGUCGUCGAGGCGACUGGCAGUGUCAAGAUUCUCGAAGACUCAAUUAACUAUGUUCGCCGUGGCGGCAAGCUCGUCGUGUAUGGUGUGUAUUCCAACAAAGACCGUGUCUCGUGGCCUCCAUCCAAGAUCUUCGGCGACGAAAUUACCAUCAUUGGCAGCUUCUCGGAGACCUACAAGUUCCCUGCUGCGAUCGACUACCUUGAUUCGGGCAAGGUCAAGGUUGAAGGCAUCGUCAACAAGGUAUUCAAGAUCGAUCAAUGGGAGGAGUGUCUGGAGUCGAUGCGGAACAAGACCGCCAUCAAGGCAGCCAUCACUUUCGACUAG